AUGUCUGAAAGGAGCAAAGAACAACUAUAUGGAAUGCACAUUAAUAUGUACCCGCCGUCCAGGCAAGUGGAUUCGGCGGGGAAUAACGGUCCAGCGGACAAUCAGCGGACCGCACCUUACCCAUUGGAAGACACGCAGGAAGUCAUAAAUCCAGUACCGCUGCAAUCAAGAAGCACACAGUCUUCGAUAGGGGUAACUUCAGGAAGCAUACCAGCCCCCAGAGUGAUCUCACCGACAGAUUCGAGGUACGAGCGGCCAUUCGCUUUCACUGCGUCCGGUUCGACCGACUCCCUCAACAGAGCGACGAGGCCCGGAAUCUCAGCAACAAGCUCCGUAGAAACAUUCACAAGUGCAAGUGAUAUGCAGAAGCCACCGCCUCCGCCAUAUGAGGAAACAGAAACGCAAUACUUUCUCCGCGAGAAGGCUUACCGACAGGAAGAAGAUAUGGCACAAGAAGUCAUGAAAGUGUCGCCCAAGAAAAACCCUCUUCAGGAACCAUCACGCCGAAAGACGCCUCCACCGAAGAAUCGCCCUCGUGACUUAUCGAAUUACAGUGAAGAAGCCUUAGAAUUUCACAACAUCUAUGAGAUCACCGUAAAUGACUCCCCGAAAUUCACCCCGGAAGUCCAGAUGAAAUGGUGCGAAACAUUGCUCACAUACUCAUUCCGGCCAAAGUUCAUAUCCCAAUACAACAUCAAUGCCGAAAAGCUUAAAAGACAGUUGACUCCUGAAGAAACACUUAAAAAUCAAAAAAUUAUAUUGGAGCAUGCCCUAAAGGUUCUAACAAAACUCAUUACUUUACAGUUCGGCCCAGCAAUGUACCUCAUGGGAACACUAUACUCGCAUCAACCCUAUCUAGACAUUAAAAUUCAAUCAAUAGUGGCUAAAAACGAUACAAAAGCCCUAGAUUACUAUUCUCGUGCUGCAGAACUCAAUCACGCAGAUGCCUGCUUUCGGGCAGGAAUCAGCUAUGAGUACCAACGAGGAACACCACCCCAAUUGAGCAAAGACAACUGCCUUCAGAGAGCCGUGAAGUACUACGAGCUUGGGGCUGACAAAUGCCUAGACGCCUCUUGCAUGUAUAAACUGGGCAUGUUGUACCUACAUGGACUGGAGUAUCAGCGUGUGAUAUUAUCUCAAGACGUGAAAAAAGCGAUUCUAUGGUUUACCAGAGCUUCUUAUGCGGACACAGAAAAGCAAUCUCCCAGCGACGCAAAGAGAGCAACGCAAGUUUCUCCACAAGCCAUGUAUGAGCUGGGCAAAAUCUACGAAUUUGAAGGCCUGCCUCCUUCCCUACAAAAUGCGUUACUCGCAGCCAGCAUCCAGCCCAAUCCCUCAAAAGCGCUCACGUAUUAUCAUCGUUGUGCCACUCAAUGCUCAUACCCGCUCGCACAGUGGAAACUGGGCCAUUGCUAUGAAUUUGGAGAACUAAAUCUACCAGUCAUUGCUAAUAAAUCCAUCGCGUGGUAUGCCAAGGCUGCCAUGAACAAGCCUCGCGGCAACCCAAUGGCUAUGAUGGCUCUCAGUGGAUGGUAUUUAACGGGGGCAUCCGGAGUGCUGCAACCGAAUAACCAGGAGGCUUACAAUUGGGCCCUCAAGGCGUGCCAAUUGUCUGAGGGAAAGCUGGCAAGAGCCCAGUAUGCUCUUGGCUUUUUUUGUGAGAAUGGUAUCGGCUGUCCUCCAAGCAUGGAAAAAGCACGUGAACACUAUCACGCGGCAGCAAGUGCCGGUCAUCAAAAGGCCUUAGAGCGGCUCAAAAAUGGCAUAUAA